CAUCCUUCGUGCCGUUCUUCUUUGUUGUUUAACCCUCAACCUCUUUCUACAGCUCGUGGGGUUCUCCACUGCUCAUCGCUGCAAGCACGCUGAGUGCGCGGUCUCAAUUGCCUUUGCACAAAACAGUGCACAGUCGCUCGUGAGUAGAGCUACCAGAAUAAGCUCAAGUCGAGCCAGGACCGAGCUCGCUUGCGGACAUUGUCAACAGAGCAGCGAAUUUCCCCAAAACAAACAACGUUCUACGUUCCCACACUGCCUUAAAAAUUCUAUCGCUGAACAAAUUCCCUCUAUCUCUUCCCUUUUCCAGUGACCUGUUGGUUGAUUCUUGUUUUCUUCAUCCUUGAUUGUCCUUUGCGCCCCACAUCACGCAGACGUCUCGCGCAUUGAUCAUCCAUCCCCAUGGCUGACAAUCCGACCGGGGCUCACCCCGCUGGUGGGGACUCGUCUAACGCCAGUUCCGACGCGACCCCACCGAACCAUCUCGGCACUAAUGUGCCUUCGGGCCGCCUCGAUGGUCAACAUGAUCCCGAGAAGGCUGGCCAUUAUCAAAGCCAAAAUGACGCCCCUGGUACCACUCCUCAAAAGCAGGAGCCCGGUGACGAGGAAGAGGAGGAGGAGGAUAUGGACGCCCUCAUUGACGAGCUCGAGUCUCAAGACGAGCACCAAGAGGAGGAAGAGGAAGGCGAGGACGUUGCCGCCGGUGGAGCUCGACCUGUAUCUGAAGAGCUACUUCAAACGGAUACUCGCCAAGGUCUAUCUGACCAGGAAGUGCUCACUCGACGUAAAAAGUUCGGUCUGAAUCAGAUGAAGGAAGAGAAAGAAAACCUGAUUUUAAAAUUCUUGGGUUAUUUUGUCGGACCGAUUCAGUUUGUCAUGGAGGCCGCUGCCGUUCUCGCAGCAGGUCUGCAAGAUUGGGUUGACUUUGGUGUCAUCUGCGCCCUUCUUUUGCUAAAUGCCACGGUCGGCUUUGUUCAGGAAUUCCAAGCGGGAUCUAUUGUGGAUGAGCUCAAGAAAACCUUGGCCCUCAAGGCUGUCGUGCUAAGAAAUGGCCGCCUUCAAGAGGUCGAAGCUCCCGAGGUCGUUCCAGGUGAUAUUCUUCAAAUUGAAGAGGGAACAAUCAUUCCCGCUGAUGGUCGCAUCGUUACCGAAGACGCCUUCCUUCAAGUGGACCAGUCAGCUAUUACAGGAGAGUCGCUUGCAGUUGACAAACAUCUUGGCGACACUUGCUAUGCCUCCUCGGCCGUCAAACGUGGUGAAGCGUUCAUGGUUAUCACCGCUACAGGUGAUAGUACUUUCGUCGGCCGCGCCGCUGCUCUUGUCAGCGCUGCAUCUGGUGGAACUGGCCACUUCACAGAGGUUCUCAACGGCAUCGGUACUGUCCUCCUUAUCUUGGUCAUUUUCACCCUUUUGAUCGUUUGGGUGUCCUCAUUCUAUCGAAACAAUUCCAUCGUUAGAAUCCUCGAAUAUACCCUUGCUAUCACCAUUAUUGGUGUCCCUGUCGGUCUUCCAGCAGUAGUUACAACCACAAUGGCCGUCGGCGCGGCAUAUCUGGCCAAGAAGAAGGCCAUCGUGCAAAAACUUUCUGCUAUUGAGUCCCUGGCAGGCGUUGAGAUUCUCUGCUCUGACAAGACGGGUACAUUGACAAAGAAUAAACUAUCCCUCGCUGAGCCUUUCACUGUCGCUGGCGUCGAGCCCGAGGACCUCAUGCUCACGGCUUGUCUUGCAGCAUCACGCAAGAAGAAAGGUAUCGAUGCUAUUGAUAAAGCCUUCCUGAAAUCUCUUCGUUACUACCCUCGCGCCAAGGGUGUCCUGUCGAAGUACAGGGUUCUCGAAUUUCAUCCAUUUGACCCGGUAUCCAAGAAGGUCAGCGCAGUUGUUGAAUCUCCUCAAGGCGAGCGCAUCAUUUGCGUAAAAGGUGCCCCGCUGUUCGUACUCAAAACAGUGGAAGAGGAUCACCCUAUCCCAGAGGAGAUUGAUCAAGCAUACAAGAAUAAGGUCGCCGAAUUCGCCACGAGAGGUUUCCGCUCCCUUGGUGUCGCUCGAAAGCGGGGCGAAGGCUCUUGGGAGAUUCUUGGAAUCAUGCCUUGUGCUGAUCCUCCGCGUCACGAUACAGCUAGAACCAUCAAUGAAGCCAAGACCCUUGGUCUUUCAAUUAAGAUGCUCACUGGUGAUGCGGUUGGCAUCGCCCGUGAAACUUCGCGUCAGCUCGGCCUCGGUACUAAUGUGUAUAACGCAGAGCGCCUUGGCCUCGGCGGCGGCGGUGAGAUGCCUGGUUCUGAAGUGUAUGACUUUGUCGAAGCCGCGGAUGGUUUUGCCGAAGUCUUCCCUCAGCAUAAAUACAAUGUCGUCGAGAUCCUUCAACAGCGUGGUUACCUGGUAGCAAUGACUGGAGAUGGUGUCAAUGAUGCCCCAUCGUUGAAAAAGGCCGAUACUGGAAUUGCCGUCGAGGGAGCUUCUGAUGCCGCACGUUCAGCCGCUGAUAUUGUCUUCUUAGCUCCAGGCUUGUCUGCGAUCAUUGACGCCUUGAAAACCUCCAGACAGAUCUUUCACCGAAUGUACGCCUACGUCGUGUACCGCAUUGCGCUAUCACUGCAUUUGGAGAUUUUCCUUGGCCUGUGGAUUGCUAUUCUGAAUCACUCAUUGAACUUGGAACUGGUCGUCUUUAUCGCCAUCUUCGCAGAUAUUGCCACGUUGGCUAUCGCUUACGAUAAUGCACCCUUCUCCAAAACCCCUGUCAAGUGGAAUUUGCCCAAGCUCUGGGGCAUGUCUGUGUUGCUCGGAGUGGUGCUGGCUGUUGGAACCUGGAUUGCUCUCACAACCAUGUUCCCUUACCAGGACAACAGCAAUGCAGCGCACCAGGGUGUUUACGGUGGUAUUGUCCAGAACUUUGGUGUCCGUGAUGAAGUCCUCUUUCUUCAAAUAUCUUUGUCGGAGAACUGGCUCAUCUUCAUUACUCGUGCAAAUGGCCCCUUCUGGUCUUCAAUUCCAUCAUGGCAACUGACUGGAGCGAUCUUGGUCGUCGACAUUAUCGCAACGUUCUUCUGCUUGUUCGGCUGGUUUAUUGGUGGCCAGACCUCUAUCGUUGCCGUUGUCCGUAUUUGGAUCUACUCAUUCGGUGUCUUCUGCGUUCUCGGGGGCAUUUACUAUCUCCUCCAGGACAGUGUUGGUUUCGACAACCUCAUGCAUGGGAAGUCUCCGAAGAAGAAUCAGAAACAACGGUCGUUGGAGGAUUUCGUUGUUUCCCUUCAACGUGUUUCUACCCAACACGAGAAGAAUGCUUGAGAAGGAUGUUUGUAUUAGGGACCAAAGCAUGCCUAGAUGGCUUUGCGAGACGGUUGCCGGUUCAUACUCCUGUACAGCAGUGGGGGUUGGUUUUCUGAACUUUUUUUUUUAAUUUUUGCCCCUGAUUCCCACUCUUUUCAUUGUUUAUUUUAUUAUUCCCUUUUUUAAUACCAUCCCCUUCGACGUGGUUGCACGGUUACGAUGUGCAUAGUCCAAAAUAGCAGUAAAUCAAUAUGGUCUUCCUCAGCAAAUACC